AACCUGCGUCAUCACUCUGUUUUUGUCCUAAAAAAGUGAUCUUGUAAAAGAUUUCAACUUCUUUCAUCAGUAUAAUCAUUAUCGUAAUUUUCGUUAUCUUGUAAUCCAUAAGCAAAGAACAAAUUUUGGUCUGAUGGGAAAGUAGACUUGGCCAAAAGAUAUGUUGGAAAGCUCUCCGGUGGCUGUGGCACUGUCUAUAUAUAUGGCCAUAUAUAUAUAUUGUACGUGUGUGUGUGUGUGAGCAUGUAGAGUCGGAGGAUAUAUAAUUAGGGCGGCUUUCUUUUUCUUUCAUUUUGCUUUUGAAAAGCAAACAAGAAGGCCUUAUUAUUCAUAUUGCCUUUAUCUUUCUUCUCUCAGUUCUCUGUCUCUUCCUACAUUUAUACUCUCUCUCUCUCCAUUCAAAAACUGCUGCUAUUAAACACCAAAGGGGUUGUUUAUUUAUACUUUUUAGGGGGUCAAACAUCCUAUCCAGUUUCCUGUUCUGACAUGAUCUGAAAAUUCAAUCAUGACGAGGUUAACACAUGAUUAUAGCUAUACAACGCAAAAGGAUGCGGUCUCUCCGGUGUCCACUGAUGUAUUUUUUGCCUCAAGUCGUUUCCCACAUUAUAAAAUUGGUGCUAACAAUCAAAUCGUGGAGGUAAAAGAAGACGCUGAAAUGUCGUCUAUGAAAGACAUGGUUGCACGAGAAACUGCCCUGUUGCUGGAGCAGCAGAAACGUCUUUCAGUGCGCGAUCUUGCUAGCAAAUUUGAGAAGGGUUUAGCUGCUGCUGCAAAGCUAUCUGAUGAGGCAAGGCUGAAAGAGGCAGUCUCUCUGGAGAAGCAUGUGCUUCUGAAGAAACUCAGGGAUGCGCUUGAAGCUCUGAGAGGGCGCGUAGCUGGCACAAACAAAGAUGACGUGGAAGAAGCUAUAGCUAUGGUUGAAGCUUUAGCAGUUCAUUUAACUCAGAGAGAAGGAGAGCUAAUUCAAGAGAAGGCUGAAGUCAAAAAGCUUGCAACUUUUUUGAAACAGGCUUCUGAAGAUGCUAAGAAACUUGUUGAUGAAGAAAGAGCUUUUGCACGGGCUGAAAUUGAGAAUGCUAGAACAGCAGUUCAGAGAGUAGAAGAGGCUCUUCAGGAACACGAACGAAUGUCACGAGCUUCAGGAAAACAGGACUUGGAUGAAUUGAUGAAGGAAGUUCAAGAGGCUAGGCGAAUCAAAAUGCUACAUCAACCUAGUAGGGUCAUGGAUAUGGAACAUGAGCUUCGAGCAUUGAGGAUCCAACUUGCUGAAAAGUCGAAGCAUUCACUACAGCUUCAGAAGGAGCUGGCAAUAACCAGGAAGGGUGAUAAAAACACGCCCCAUUUGUAUGACAUAGAUGGCACUGAGGCAUUAGGUUCAUUUUUGUUUAUAUAUCGAUGUUCUGAUAGUGCUCCAGAACUUUCAGAAUGUGCAAUUCAAUGGUAUCGUGCAACACCUGAGAGUGGCAAGAAGGAGCUUAUAUCAGGGGCCACCAAAUCUGUAUAUGCUCCUGAGCCUUGUGAUGUUGGACGAAUACUUCAAGCUGAUAUAUUGACUAAUGAUCAAGCAAUUACCAUAACAGCCUCUGGACCUAUCGAUCCUGCGGCAGGAUUGGGAAACUAUGUAGAAGCACUUGUGCGGAGGCAUGACACUGAGUUCAAUGUAGUCGUCAUCCAGAUGAAUGGUGCAGAUCAUGACUCGCAUGCCAUCCAUGUACUGCAUAUUGGAAAGAUGAGAAUGAAACUUUGCCGAGCCAAGACAACGCUCGUGAAAGAAUAUUAUUCCAAUUCAAUGCAGCUGUGUGGAGUUAGAGGUGGCGGCAAUGCUGCAGCCCAGGCUGUAUACUGGCAGGCAAAAGCAGGGCAUUCCUUCGUAUUAGCAUUUGAAUCGGACCGAGAAAGAAAUGCAGCUAUCAUGCUUGCAAGAAGAUUUGCAUUCGACUGUAACAUCACGCUAGUUGGGCCGGACGACAGAUCUUCUGCAGGAUCGUGAUCGACUGAUCUGACGAUAUUGCCGGAAAUGUAACCGUAGACAGGCCCUAAUGCAGUAUCUGUAAGUGCUGACUUGUUGUGGACUUGGCUCCUUUUUUUGGGUCCAUUUUUUUGGUGUCAGUUGCUAGGCCCUUUUUCAGUUGCCUUGAUCUGAUUUUCUUGGUAAUUUCUUUUUUAUGUUUUCUUGAUUUUUAACCAUCUUUUCAUUUGACUUUGAGCUUGGAAGAGAAAUGUGAUUGUGAGCAGUCUGAAUCUUUUAUGUAACGACGCUGCGUUGUAAAUAAACAGGGUUUGAGUUUGUAUUGUGGUGAGAAUUGGGUUCGAAAAGAAUAGUGAGAAUUUUGUACCAA